GGUGCUCACGGUUUUCACAGACACCUGAGCUACAGAACAGGAGACUCUUUGCUCUGACAAGCUUUGCUUGUUGGACAACCUGUGGACUUAUUAUUCAGGUUUUGCUCUGCCAUCAGACAAAGAGCCAGCAUGUCGAUGGGUAUGGAGAUAGUGGGCAUUGCCCUCGGAGUCAUUGGAUUUCUCAUUGCCAUAGUGACAUGUAUCUUGCCAAUGUGGAAGGUGACGGCCUUCAUCGGAGCCAACAUUGUCACUGCUCAGAUUAUCUGGGAGGGUUUGUGGAUGAACUGUGUCAUGCAAAGCACGGGCCAGAUGCAGUGCAAAAUCUAUGACUCCAUGUUGGCCUUGCCUCAGGAUCUGCAGGCCGCCAGAGCGAUGACAAUCGUCGCUAUCAUACUUGGGCUUCUGGGGGUCAUGAUCUCCAUUGUCGGGGCCAAAUGCACUAACUGCAUUGAAGAUGAAUCAGCCAAGGCCAAAGUGAUGAUCAUCUCUGGGAUCUUCUUUGUCCUCGCUGGCCUUUUGGUCCUCAUCCCUGUUUCCUGGACUGCCAGCGUCAUCGUCCGAGAUUUCUACAAUCCCACCCUGAUUGACGCCCAGAGGAGGGAGCUGGGGGCCUCGCUCUACAUCGGCUUCGGAGCAGCUGCCUUGCUCAUAAUUGGUGGAGCAAUGCUGUGUACCAGCUGCCCGCCAAAAGAAAAGCAGUACAAGCCACCCCGGAUGAUCUACUCCACCCCACGUAGCGCCAGUGCAGGUGGAGGGUACGACAGGAAGGAUUAUGUUUGAACAGCCCCAAUGUGUCUGACAGAUUCAUCUGGAAAAUACUUUAACAUGAAAAUCUUUGUUGCACGAGUAUAUGUAUGUGUCAGUGUGUGAGUGUGUGUGUGUGUGUUGACUGAAGGGUGAAUUCUAUGAAAGACUCCGAGAUGAAGAUGUAUGUGUACAAAUACUGAUCUUUCUGCUUUGCCUUUGGUUGACAUGUUAUAAACAUAAUUUUUCUGCCUUUGCACUGCUAUAAUCCAGAAGGUGUGUCUUGUAAAACAGCUCUUAUGUUCAAUAUAUGAACAUGAGAGGCUCCAGGAAAACACAAUGAUUCCUUUGAAAUGUUAAACUAUUUCCAUCUGAGUACAUGUUGUAUUUACUGUAUAUACUGAACCUCCUGUGAUUUUAUGUGUAUUUCAAAGCACCUGUUUCUUGUAUGUGUGUGUACCUCCUUUAUUAGCUGUUGUCCAGCUGGUGUCAGGUUUCACUGAAACUGCAGUUAAAACACUGUGUCAUUUCACCAACAACGACAUGGAAGAGUCAUCUCUUACUUUACAUGGAUGUGAUUGUGUGAUUGUUCUGUGCGUGUGUGUAGAUGUGCGUGUCUCUGUGUGUGUUUUGCAUGUAAUAUUUGCACAGGAGAGUUUCUGUUGAGACUUAAACUAGAAAUGGAUCCACAGCUCCAGGUAACAACAUGAUCUCCCCUAUGGGUUCAAGGUUUGAGGAAACAGAAGCGACUGUUUCAGUUGGCACACAAGGGCUGACUUUUUACGUGACCAAAUGUUUGUUUUAUUUUAUAUUUUUGUAAUAUAACAUAUUUGUGAGGUUUUUUUUAUGUACAUAUUCCACUAUGUAUCUGUGUUUCAGAGAGGUUUGCUUCAUUUUUAUGUUUUUAUUUUGAGUAGAUUUAAAGAUAUUUCUAGCAAUGACCUAUAUGGUCUUCUGUAUGUCAAACAAAGAACCAAAGGGCUUAUUGAGUACGUGUAUGUGUGAGAGAGAGAGAGACACAUGACUACGUCCAUUGUACAGUGCUUGUUCUUAGAUCUACAGGAUGUGUUUUGUGUGCAUAAAGGAUAUAUUUGAUUAAUCCAUCUCCAUCUCUUUGAAAAACUAUUUUGUGUUUUCAUUUUGGUAUUAAUCAAACACUG